GAAACCGGACGACUGUCAUGAGACUCUCGGUGAGACGGCAUGCCACGUGAGAGCGACUGCCACAAUGCAUGAGAAUGAACAGGAUGGCGUCGCCAUUCUGCGAACUCAAAUCCACGACAGACAGACAUGUGGCGCAGGCUGCAUGCAUGGCCACACCCAACCACAUACAACACAUCUUGAACACCGUCGUCACCAAACAUUGCGCCCGCUCAGGCUUCCCGACCUCAACGACAUGAUCGCCUAGUCGAAGCAAGUCUUUACGGGAAUGCGACGUCUCUAAGGAUUUCACGGCGGAGUUUGCGCGACAGCGCGCACAUUCAGAAUGAGUGCCCACCGCCAUGCCGCCUUCGCGGAGGAGGCCGCCGAGGUGGAGGUCUUGUACGCCAGCUUGGAUAAGAUGAAGUCGGUGACGAAGAAGAUUCAAGGCUCGAUGGCGCGACUCGAUGAGACGGGCAGGACGGUGCAGGAUGCAAUCGGACCCAUCUAUGGCAAUACACAACGUCUUCAGGCACAGAACACCAACAUCGACAGAAUCCUGGCAGCCAUAGAACGCGUGAAGCAGCCUCUUGACAUGCGCGGCAAGGAAGAGCGGAUCUUGAGGGAUAAGCCGGAAAGAGUUGGACUCGCCGAAUACAUUGCUAGCAUAGACCGCACCAACCAAGCAUUGCGAGAUCUCAAAAUGACCAACAUACGCUCUAAUCAGAAUGCAAUCUCUGAGCUGAGCAAAUUGCUAGCAGUGGGCACUGGCAAUCUAGAGAAUGUCUUCCGCGAUCUUCUGCGACAGGAUUCGCAACCCAUCGAACCCCUCAAGCAGAUCAUGCAGCGGCUUGAGUUUCCUCGGAUAGCUGCAAGUAAAUCGGCUCAGCUCAGGACGAUCAACAGCCACAUCUCCAAUAAUAUAUCGCAAAUUGCACCGUCUGGGGAGUUGACACCCUCGGCGAAGAUAUAUUCACUAGAAAGAGGGCUGUACCUGUCUUCGUCGUUGCAGAAUCUGGCCACCGCCUGCAUCUCGACUGCACGAAAAGUCAACCCAUCGGCCACUUAUAAGCCUGGCAGUUGCGCCAUCGAGACUUAUGCGAGCGGUAUACAAGGCAUGUUCAUUGCCGAAUAUGACAAUAUUUGUCCCAUUUUCGGUCGAGAGGAAUGGGGACCCGUGCUCUCCGCCACAUGUCAAGAGUCUUUGCGUGUUUUCUCAUCAACACUACGAGAUCUUGACGCGCACGUACGGAAUCACUUCGUCACUGACUGUUAUCUCGCGUAUGAGAUCAUGGACGUGGUGUCCAACACGACGUUUCAAAUUGAGAAUCGUACGGGAGAGCUCAAAGCGGCGAUGAAUGACGCUCUGAAGCCUAUACGAGAAACCGCAAAGGCUUCACUUUCCACGUUGAUCAUUGACAUCAGGACCAAGAUCAGUCAGGUCAUACAGUUGCCAGCAGAUUGCAGUGCGCUGCCCAUCACGUCCGACGCAAUGGGCAGAUUGCAGGUGAUGACCACCUAUUUACCACCUCUGAGUAGCAUCAUGCGAAGUCUUGGAGACGGCGGUUGGCAGCAGCCCAACGCUGUGACAUCGAGCGCUUCUGUGCCAACUUUGAAAUCUUUCGAUGUCGGUGCGGAUGGCAAGCAAUUAUUUGCGCACUACUGUUCAGAUACUAUCGAUGCACUGCUUACUAGUCUCGAGCUCAAGGCCAAGACUCAACUCAAAACCCGUGCAAUGCAGGGUGUCUUCAUCGCCAACAAUCUGGCAAUCAUCGAGCGUGCAGUCCGCUCGUCUGAAUUACAAAAUCUCUUGGCUGGCGCACAACCCAAGAUUGACAGCUGGAAAAAGAAAGCUACGCAAAGUUACCUGGAUAUGUGGAAGGAGUCUUCUGGAUACUUGCUGGAUGUGCAGUAUACCUCGAAGCAGCCACGGCCAUCAUCGACAGGUCAAGCCAUCGACUCGGCAGCCAUCCUCAAGUCGCUCAGUACGAAGGAUAAGGAAGCGAUCAAGGAGAAAUUCCGAAACUUCAACAUUUCAUUUGACGACGCAGUUCACCGCCAACGACUCUUCAAGAUUGAGCCUGAGGUGCGGCGGCAGUUUGUCAAAGAUGUGCAGAUGUUCAUCGAGCCGUUGUAUGCACGCUUCUGGGAGCGAUAUCAUGAAGUGGACAAGGGCAAGGGCAAGCAUGUGAAAUACGACAAGUCCUAUCUCAGCAGCGAAAUAGCUUCUCUCGGUUAGGACGAAAUGAGACAGCUUCAAUAAUGCGCCGCGAAGUCAUCAGUAUGAUUCAUAGCGGACCCUUCUUUGUUGCUGAUCCCGACCGCGCAAAAUGGUGGCCAGACGGAACCUUUCACCAAAAUAGUCGGAAGAUGUGGAAUGGUUGUCGCUCGCUGGGUCAUGUUAUAAUAAUGAUUACAUUAAAGCCCUAGAUCUUAGGCAGGCACCGUGUGUUUCCAUGUGCACCGUCAUCCGAAGCGCGCUUGACGCCAGCUCGGACCUGAGCUCGGGGAUUGUAGACGAACUGUAAGCAAGAUGAAUCGCAAAUUCGACCAGACAGGGGAACGAUUCUCGUCGCUGGAGUAAGGUAUAGUACAGUGACA